CGACCCCGCCAGUCCCCGGCGGCUGCAGCCCCACCGGCCCCACCGCCUCGUCCCGUCUCUUCUGCGCCUGCGCGACCGGAAAAUUCGCGAAGCUUCCUGAAGCCGAGCCGGUCGUUUCCGGAAGCCGGUAGCCGCCGGGCCAUCAGACCGCUGCUUGCUACCGGGGAGCUGUAGCCUCGCUGUGUGUGCAGUCCUGGGUGACUGGGCCGUGCCGGUAACGGCGGGAAAGAAAAUGGCCUUGCUUUGCUACAACCGGGGCUGCGGCCAGCGCUUCGACCCCGAGACCAACUCCGACGAUGCUUGCACAUAUCACCCGGGUGUUCCAGUCUUUCAUGAUGCUCUGAAGGGUUGGUCUUGCUGUAAGAGAAGAACAACUGAUUUUUCUGAUUUCUUAAGCAUUGUAGGUUGUACAAAAGGUAGGCAUAAUAGUGAGAAGCCACCCGAGCCAGUCAAGCCUGAAGUCAAGACUACUGAGAAGAAAGAACUCUCUGAAUUGAAACCCAAAUUUCAGGAGCACAUUAUUCAAGCCCCUAAACCAGUGGAAGCAAUAAAAAGGCCAAGCCCAGAUGAACCAAUGACAAAUUUGGAGUUAAAAAUAUCUGCUUCCCUAAAACAAGCACUGGAUAAACUUAAACUGUCAACAGGGAAUGAAGAAGAUAAGAAAGAAGAAGACAGUGAUGAAAUUAAGAUUGGGACAUCAUGUAAAAAUGGAGGGUGUUCAAAGACAUACCAAGGUCUACAAAGUUUAGAAGAAGUCUGUGUAUAUCAUUCAGGAGUACCUAUUUUCCAUGAGGGGAUGAAAUACUGGAGCUGUUGUAGAAGAAAAACUUCUGAUUUUAAUACAUUCUUAGCCCAAGAAGGCUGCACAACAGGGAAACAUAUGUGGACUAAAAAGGAUGCUGGGAAAAAGGUUGUCCCGUGUAGACAUGACUGGCAUCAGACGGGGGGUGAAGUCACCAUUUCAGUAUAUGCUAAAAAUUCACUUCCUGAACUUAGUCGAGUAGAAGCAAAUAGUACUUUGUUAAAUGUGCACAUUGUGUUUGAAGGAGAGAAGGAAUUUCAUCAAAAUGUGAAAUUAUGGGGUGUGAUUGAUGUGAAGCGAAGCUAUGUAACCAUGACUGCGACAAAGAUUGAGAUUACCAUGAGGAAAGCUGAACCCAUGCAGUGGGCAAGUCUUGAAUUGCCUACAACCAAAAAGCAGGAAAAACAAAAAGAGAAUAAUGCAGAUUAAUGGGAAAUAGAAAAACAGAGCUAAUACAAUUUCAGAUUUCUUAGAAAUGUGUGAUGAAUUGGUCGCUUGUUGCUGUAAUCUUCUUGGUUGUUGUUUUUGAAUCUGGCAUUUCAGGGUCAACAUGAGGUUCUUAAAAGCCAAAGUUAGUUUAUCUUUCUGUGCCUCCCAUCUUCUUUUUGAGUUCUGUAAUACUGAUUAUUCAUUCAUUUCUCCUCACUGUUAGAACCAUAGUUGGACCCCAUACUUGAAGAAGCUGGAUAAUAGCUCAUAAACACAAGUGCAGUAUUUCUUAGUAUAUUUUGUUAAGUAGAGGAAUAAAGGGACUUUUUUUUUUCUGAUCUCUGUUAUCCCAUGAUUAGGAAAGCAAGAUGAAAUGUCAAAUUUUUAAUCAGUUUUUUUCAUGAAGUUUUGUUCCUAUGAUACUUGAAAAUCUUUAAGGAAAAGAUGAAGCUCUGCAUUGUUUUUUCCCCAUGGGAUGGUUACUUUUUCUAGGAGGACUGAUUCUGACAUAGUGCAGUAGGUAAUUAAAGGGGAUAUAUGCAUUGGCUAACAACUUAGAAUUUAUUUACCAUUUAUUUAAUCUAAAAUUACAUCAGUUGCCUGUAUUACUUGCCAGGUGGUAUGAUUUAAGAGAAUAGGAAACAUAAUUAAGGUAAUAGAGGUAUCAGGUUGGUUAAAAUUCACCAUUUUAUAAGACUAAGCAAUAAUGUUAAGAAUUCUUUCCUGAUUAUUUAAAGGUCUUCAUAUGGUCGUCUGACUAAAUUGUAUCUGAUUUACAGUCUAAACCUUUUUAAUUAGUUACAUAUAAAAAAGAAAUUAUAUGUAUCUGGUCUCCCUGAUGAUAAAACUAUAUAAAAUUGUAAAGUUAAUGGUUUGUGAAAAUACAUGGGAAAGCUAAAUGUAUAAACUUUGCUUUACGA